CUUAAGCAUGCUGUUAAGACGUUGUGUAGCGCCCGCGCCGAGUUCUACCCGCCACCAGCACACCGUUGUUCUGACGCCAUCAAUGGCGCUUGUGGGAAACAAAAGGAAAUUGGAGACUGUAGUACAAGCAUCUGCUCCGGCGGCUGAACCGGCGGUCAUGAACGGCCACGCAGCCGAGGCAUGCGCGGAGACUCCUGCCUUCACCACGCCCGUUAGCAUCACGGCCAUCGAUGCGGAGGAUUACGAUGGCCAGCUGGAUAGGAAACUGACAAAAUUGAAACAGCUGUUCCAGGAAUUCGACCCGCCCCAGCUGGAGGUCUUCACGAGCCCGCCAACCCACUACCGCAUGCGCUCUGAGUUCACAGUGGAGCAGCGCGACGGCCCCCUGCAUUUCGUCAUGUUCGACAAGUCGCCGGCGGAGGAGACGGCGGCAGAGGCGGGGCAGGAGGCGGCGGCUGCGCUGGAGCAGGAGCAGGGAGAGGGCAAGGAGCUGGAGCAGGAAGAGGGGGAGGGGGAGCCGGAGCGCGCGGCGGAGCAGCAGGCGGAGGCGCAGGCCGACGCCAGCACCUCGGCAGCGGCCGCUGCGGAGGCACCAGCGGCGGCAGCGGUGGCGGCGGCUGACGGCAAGAAGGGCAAGGGCAAGAAGGGCAAGGGCAAGAAGGGCGGCAAGCCCAAGGGCCCGCGGCGCGUGCGCGUGGACACAUUCCCCGUGGCCACAAAGCAGGUGAAUGAGCUGAUGGCGGUGGUGCGGGAGGAGGCGGACAAGACGCCGGAGCUGCGGCAGCGGCUGUUCCAGGUCAACUUCCACACCACGCUGGCAGGUGACGCCAUGGUCACACUGCUCUACCACCGCAAGCUGGGGCCGGAGUGGCAGGCGGCGGCGGAGCGCCUGCGUGACGCACUGGCGGCCACGCCCACCGCGGCCGCCGCCGGGGUGCGGCCGCACGUGAUCGGCCGCAGCCGCAAACAGAAGAUCGCGCUGGACGCGGACUUCGUGCUGGAGCGGUUGACGGUUGGCGGCCGCACGUUCGUGCAAAAGCAGGUGGAGGGCUCGUUCAGCCAGCCCAACGGCCACGUGUGCCAGCACAUGCUGACAUGGGCGCAGGACGUGACGAAGCCGGCGGCUGCUUCUGAGGGGUCGGCGGCGGCGGCGGCUGAGGGGUCGGUGGCGGCUGAGGAGGGCAAGGAGGCGGCGGCUGCAGCUGCUGGUGGUGGUGUGGGGCCGGAGGACGACCUGCUGGAACUGUACUGCGGCAACGGCAACUUCACCAUCCCGCUGUCCGCCAACUUCCGGCGGGUGGUGGCCACCGAGGUGGCCAAGAGCUCCGUGGAGGCGGCCCGCUACAACAUGGAGGUCAGGCAACAUGCUUUCAAUGCCAACGGCGUGUCCAACGUGUUCCUGGCGCGCAUGGCCAGUGAGGAGUUCGCGGUCACUAUGCGCGAGCGCGGCAGCCGGCGGCGGCUGGAGGGGCUGGAGGGCUGGGAGGCGCUGCGGCUGCGCACCAUCCUGGUGGACCCGCCGCGGGCCGGGCUGGACGACUUCACGGUGGAGCUGCUCAAGGAGUUUGACCGCAUCGUGUACAUCAGCUGCAACCCCGACACGCUGUGCGCCAAUCUCAAGGCCAUCGCGCCCACCCACCGCAUCGCGCGCUUCGCCGCCUUCGACCAGUUCCCCUACACACACCACCUCGAGUGCGGCGUGUACCUGGUGCGCCGCUGAGGCAGCGGCGGCAGCGGCGGCAGCGGCGGCAGCGGCGGCAGGGGCGGGAGGGACCGGUGGUGUGGUGGUGGAUCGUUAGGAAAAGCAGGCCGGCAGCAUGUUGAAAGUCCGGUGAAGGACUAGCGGAAGAGCUGCCGAUUGCGAGAGUGCGGGACUGAGAUGCGGCGCCUCGUGACCAGCCAAGCCAUUGGACCAGGGAUGCGAUGGGCAGCAUGUGUGUGACGCUCGGGGGUACGGCGACGCGGUUGCGUCCGUGCGCCCCGGGGAUCGCCCGGUGUCCAACUCCUGUGAGUGGAGCACGGGGUGCAGGGAGGAAGUGGUCUGGUGGGGUGGUGGUCUGGGAACUUGGUCCGCCAUGACCUGGUCUGCUAGGCAGCAGCGGCUGAGCAGCCGUGGACAAACUGCUGGCGGAUUGGCGUGGCACGGCGCGGGGAGUUAGAAGGAUGUGAUGGCUGCGCUGAGUUACGGUAUGCGGGGUAUGCUCGCUGGUAUGCACGCUAGUAUGCGAGGUAGGGUGAGGCGCCGAGGCUGGCUUGGGCUGGCAGCGCGGGCUGCAAAUUUUGCGAUGCACCCCGUUCACGAUCGACUUGUCAAGCGACAACGCACAGUCGCACAAUCUUAGAACGUUGAAGGGC